AUGAGGAAGCAAGUGUUAACGUUGACGGAGGAAGCUGCGUCUACGGUUCAUCAUCUCUUGCAGCAGAGGCAGAGACCUUUCCUCCGAUUAGGCGUCAAGUCUCGUGGCUGCAACGGCCUCUCUUACACCCUCAAUUACGCCGAUGAGAAAGAGAAAUUUGAUGAGCUGGUGGAGGAGAAAGGUGUGAGAAUACUUGUUGAACCAAAAGCCUUAAUGCAUGUGACUGGAACCUCUGUUCAUAGAUGA